AUGGCUGCCAUAACUCCAGAAGUUCGAUUGCAGCUGGAACACUGGGGCGAUGACAGAGGACCUUCGAUCAUCGCCGCAGCCAGUAUCUUGAUGAUCGCAACCACUCUUUUCGUAGCAUUACGGAUAUGGGCACAAAAAUUGGUCAAGUCGAGUUUCGAUCUUGAUGAUUACCUCAUUGUUGGGGCACUGCUUCUUUGUCUUGGGCUUUGCGCAACUACAAUAAUAUGCGUUCACUACGGUAUUGGGCAGCAUCUGGUCCGAGCGGUCAAGACCGAUUCUACUCCACCAGACAAACUGGUCAACCUAUUCAAGGCUAUUUGGGUUGAGGGUUUUCUCUGGGCUCUGGAGAUACCACUCGUCAAAAUCGCCAUCCUGAUAUUCUAUCGUCGGAUAUUCACAGGGAAUCAACGAUGGUUCAAAUGGGCCUUUUGGAUUAUGCUGACUUACUCUAUACUCUGGGGAACUGCUACUUUCAUAAUUGUCAUUGUACAAUGUGUCCCAGUGCCUUUUUUCUGGAAUCGGGCAUAUUCGUUUUAUGAAUUGGAUCCUCCUGACGAGGGUUCAUGCUUACAGACUCGUCCAAGCCAAGUUCCAUCCGCUCUUCUGAAUUGUAUUGGCGACUUGAUGCUAUUGCUUCUUCCUUUCCCGGUGCUUUGGCGACUUCAGAUGAAUUUGAGGCGCAAACUUGAGAUAAUGAUCAUCUUCGGACUGGGAGCAUUCGUGUUGGGGGCUAGUAUCGUUCGACUCCGGUUUAUUUGGCUUGACGAAAAUUCCGCGGACCCUACUUGGGACGAUGCCGAAACUUUAGUCUGGACCCCAGUAGAAUGCUGCGUCGGCGUAAUCUGCGCCUGCAUACCCUGCAUGGCACCUCUUCGGCGCCUUGUUGGCGGCGGCACCGCCAAAAGCGGCUACAGAACCACUGGCAAAGCCAGAACAAAAGAUAUUCCCCUGACGACUUCGCAUACAUGGCCCGGAGAGCAUUCAAUUUUUCAUAGCGAACAUAGUAAGAACGACGAAGAGAGCGGCGAGUUCGGUGAAGAAGGCUGGGCAUCUAGGAUGGAGGCUGUUACAACCAAAGUUGGAGAGCCAGGAUCGGAAACUCAGGUAUAUGCCCCUCCAUACAGGAGUGUGGUUGUCAAUGGGGCGUCGGCGGACCCAAGGGUGAGUGGGAUCAGGGAGGAGGUGCCUAGCAAUCAGAUCAAAGUUAGUAAGGAUCUGACGUGGUCGGAAGAAACGACGAGGGAGGGGGAUUCAUGUUGA